ACAAGUUUACAACGUUGCAUUACCCUACACUCAACACUUGGUACUUCACACUCUUCUAAGCUCACUCUCAAACAAUGAAACCACCACCAUCAUCGCCAUUGCUCUUCUCUCUCCUCCUCUUCCUCUUCUUCACCGCCGUCUCCUCCGCCGCAACCAAGGUUCUCCCUCCGGCCCCUUCCCCCACAACCUCUCCAACUCCAGUCACACCUUCAGCUGCUCCUCCGUCCAAAGCUGCCCCCUUAGACCCAAAACAAGUGAGAGCCCUCCAAUCUUUGAACCUUCCUUCGAGAAACCCUUGCUCUCUUAACCAAUGUGACUCCGCAAAACCCUUCAGUCACCUCCUAUCUCUCCGCUUCUCCAACUGUUCUGAUGACGUGUCUAUGUCUUCUACAGCUCUCAAAUCUCUCUCUACUCUCCAAAACCUAUCUUUCUAUAACUGCCCUGUUGCUCCCGUUCACUUUCCCACUGAGCUUUCUCUUUCUCUCCACUCGUUUUCCUGCAUCCACUCUCUUCGCCGCCUCACUGGUGUCUUUCUAUCUCGCUUUGUUAACCUUACAGAUCUCACUGUUACUAAUGUGCCAGUAAAUGCUAGUGGUUUAUACGUGAUUCUUGGGAACAUGAAGAAGCUGAAAUCAGUCACCAUUUCUAAUGCAAGUCUCACCGGUAGCAUCCCCAAACACUUUCAUUUGAACCUCACCCAUGUCGAUGUUUCAGGUAAUCAGCUUAAAGGAAGGAUACCCACUUCAAUAACUCUUCUCGAUAGUCUUGAAAGCUUGAAUCUUUCGUCUAAUGGGUUCAAUGGAGAGAUACCCUCUGAAUUCGGUGACUUGAUUUCGUUAAAGAAUGUAUCUUUGGCUUCCAACUCAUUGUCUGGGUCGAUCCCUGAGUCAAUGACAGCAAUACCAGGGUUGGUUCAUGUUGAUCUGAGUUCAAAUCAGUUGAAUGGGACCAUACCCAGGUUUUUUGCAGAUAUGAAGUCUUUAAGGUACUUAAAUCUUCAGAACAACGAGUUUCAUGGAGUUUUGCCAUUUAACGCAUCUUUUUUAAAGAGAUUGACGGUGUUCAAGGUGGGUGGGAAUAGCAAUUUGUGUUAUAAUCAUACGGUUUUGUCAUCAAAAUUAAAGCUUGGAGUUGCUCCUUGUGAUAAGCAUGGAUUACCAAUGUCUCCACCACCAGCUAAGGAUGAUUCUUCAGCCAAUAGUGAAAGUGAUUCAUCAGAUUAUGACGAUUCUGAUGAUGAUUCUAGCCAGAAGGAGCACCAUCAUGGGCCAAAUAAAGUUGUUCUUGGUGUUGCAAUUGGGCUUUCCUCUAUUGUUUUUCUCAUUGUUUUCCUUGUUCUUCUCUCCAAAUGGUGUGGUUGAAGAGAAAAUCCCAGGUUAGAUUUUAGAUUAGGAAAAAGAUUGGUGACUAGAUGUGAGAUUUAUUUAAUUUACUAUACAUUGAAUUAUGAAUUGAUUGUAGAGGGAACAUUUGAUAAGCAAAAGGAGCUAGGAAUCAUUGAAUUGGUGUGUUAA